GGGGGCGAGCGCGCGGAUCCGCGGGCCGGGGCAGCGGCGGGGGCAGGGUCCGGCAGCGGGUCGGCGGACGGACCGACAGACAGACCGACCGACUGACGGGCCGGCGCGGGUGCCUGCGGCCGCCAUGGAGGUGUGCGAGAGCGGCGGGGAGCAGCCGCCGCUGCUGCACUGGGACCGCAAGCUGAGCGAGCUGUGCGAGCCCGCAGACCCCGACACGCUGCUGAGCCGCACGCACUUCACAGAGUUCCUGGAUGAAUUUUCACCUGAUGUCCUAGGCCAGCUGUUGAAUGAUCCCUUCUUGUCUGAGAAGAAUGAAAUCAUGGAGGUGGAACUGUCUCCAGCAUCCCCAGCACCCCUCAUCCAGGCUGAGCACAGCUAUUCCCUCUGUGGGGACUCCCGACCCCAGUCUCCCCUGACCCACAUCUCCACUGAUGACAACUUUAAUGAAGGUGACCUGGAAAAUGAGGAAUGGUGUCUGGCUACAGAGUUUACUCCAGCUGCAAUAAAGACUGAACCAGGGCUUUGUGAGACAUCAGGCCUUGCUCCCUCAGUCAGUCUCACCGUCACGGCCACGUCGCUGGAGGGGGAACAGCCUGAGCUCCAGACAGAUGCCCUGAUGAAACCACUGACCCAGAAAGUUCUUCCAGAGAUUAAAUUGGAGCCCCAUGAAGUGGAUCAGUUCCUGAACCUCUCUUCUAAGGAAGCAGUGGAUCCCCUGCAUUUGCCUCCCACCCCUCCGAGCAGCCAUGGCAGUGACUCUGAGGGAGGGCAGAGCCCAGCUCGGUCGCUGCCUCCUUCCAGCCCAGUCCAGCUCCAGGCCACGGCCAAGGUCGCGUCGCGCGCGGCUUCGAUGCUCUCCAAUUCCCCUCUCCUGACUGCACCACAUAAAUUACAGGGGACUGGCCCCCUCAUCCUUACAGAGGAAGAGAAGAGGACACUGAUAGCAGAGGGCUACCCAAUCCCUACCAAGCUGCCCCUGACAAAAGCAGAGGAGAAGGUCCUAAAGAAAAUCCGCAGGAAAAUCAAAAACAAGAUCUCUGCCCAGGAAAGUAGAAGAAAAAAGAAAGAAUACAUGGACAGUCUGGAAAAAAAAGUUGAGACCUGCUCAAAUGAAAACAGUGAGCUGCGUAAGAAGGUUGAAGUCCUAGAGAACACUAACAGAACCCUUCUGCAGCAGCUGCAGAGACUCCAAGCCGUGGUUGCUGGCAAAGUGUCCCGCUCGUGUAAGGCAGCUAGCACACAAACAGGGACCUGUCUUAUGAUGGUGGUGCUGUGCUUUGCAGUAGUUUUUGGCAGCUUCUCUCAGAGCUAUGGGCCAUAUCCUUCUGCUACAAAGAUGGUGUUGCCCAGGCAGCAUUCCUCACCAGAGUCCUACACAGAUUCCAUUGUGAGGUCAAGGAGCCUCCUAAUUUAUGAAGAGCCUCAACAGCUGGAGGAGCCAUCCAGCCCGAUCUCCUUUGCAGACCGCAGUGACAGACAGACAGACACCUCCAAGUUCACAGCACUGUCCCUGGAAGCUGUGCCAGGGACACAGCAGGAUGAUAUCAUGCAGUUCACAAUAACCAACGAGACAAGGCUAGAGAAAUCAGUGCUGCUGGGCCUGCAGCAGCACAGAGUCAACUCGGAACUAGAAGGAAAUGAAACACUGAAGAUAAUUGAAAUAGAUAGAAGAGUCAAUGCCACCUCUUAAAAAUAAAAAAGGCCUUUUUUCUUGACUUCCCUCCUUCCCACAUAUUUUCAACCAAAGUUCCCCUGACUUGUCAUCCUCAGUGAACCAAAGUACAAAAGAGAGGGAGUUCAACUUCUGCAUUGACUGAUGAGGCUGUGACUACAGAUGGGAUCUCUUGUCUUUGUAACUCCCUUCCUCACGUUGCACACAGUCCCUGUCUCUGCUUUUAUCCCUUUCCUGUCUAACACUGCAAGGGCAGGACUGAAUUAUGAUGGCAGAUGAUGCCAGCAGCGUGCCAGUGACUGGUGGGUGUGUGUGCCUGUGCAUGCACACAGCCUGAUCUGAGCACAAAGACAUUCUGGAGAAGGGUGAAUUGUGCAAAACCAAUGGGAGCAUGUGGGUGAUAGUUUUCUUGGGAGAAGGUAAUGGAGAGAGAGAGGAGAUGCAGCAUGAUGGUGCUUAGAGUCUCACCACAGCUCUGUGCCUGCUGGUCUACAGCCCUUGAGCCUUUUGGGGGAUAGAGAAGCACAUGUGCAACCUGCUGCUGAGGGGACAAGAAAGGGCCCUGACACUGCUGAGUUCACAGCACCGGCAGGAGAGGGCUGGUCCAUGAUGCUGCUGAAUUGUCCUCCCCAUGCUCUUUCCCUUCUCCUCUCCAAUCUCUUCAUCACUUAGCAGGGUAGGUUUCUCUGUGCAUUGAAAGCAGUCCUGGUGGGCUUCCCUGCUUCCACCCUUGAGAAAUUAAGCAAAGAUCAGUCACUGUCUUUACCACACACUGUGUGGGAGAAUUACACUAGUUUAACUAUAUCUGUUUAGAAAGCAGGUUUUGUUACGUUUAUGCAAUAUUUCAGAUGGAUGCCCUUUAGUCUGCUUAAGGCUAAUCUAUUUAGCUUAAGUCAGUUCCUUCCCAACAAACUAAAUCAAUGUAAGGCUUAAACCAGAAGUGCCUCCUGAGAGGACUGUAUGAAUUUAAUUUAUUGGCUUCUAGCUGGUUGAUGAAAAUUCUUGUGUAGACCCGGUCUCAGAUUGUCUUGUGUUUUCCUUUCCUUGCCAUCUUCCUGUUACUGUUGUAAAUAGUAUUUAUUAGCUUUGAAAAGUUUUGUUCAGGUAGUUGCAAUGAAGAGAACUGAGCUUUCCUAACCCUGCAAGUGAUCUGGGCAGACCCUGAAAUUGGACAGACAAACAUCACUGAGUGCCCAUUUCCUUCCCUUAAGCUUGAAUUGUCCUAAAAUAAAGCCAUGUGUCUUAUUUUCCUCUUACCUGCUUUUCCAGAGGUGUGAUCUGAGACCAGCUGCUUUGGUACAGAUAGGCCAGCUCAUGCCUAGAGGUGGCGGAUCCUGUAUUAGCUGUAUGCCAAGACAGCCUCUGAUGUGAGGAGCUGAUUGUGUAGGCAGGAGACCUGUCAAAAGAGGAAUGAGAUAAGCACGUGGGGGGGUGAAAUGACUGGCCCAGGCUCACUGAGAAAGCCAAGAGCAGCAUUCAGGUCUGAUCCUGGUCCAGUCCUCUUCUCCAUGCUUUGUAUCCUUCUUAUCCCGUGGUGUUGUCUUCAAGUGUCCUCUCCCUCUCUCUCUCUCUCUCUCUCUCUCUCAGUAGCCUGGUCAUGCCUUUGCCUGAGCUGUGCUUCUUGCAGUUUGUCCUUGCAGGGCAUAGUUGAACUCAGUCCAGAUUUCGAGCAGGGCUUUAUCUGGUUCCUACAGAAGGGCACUCCUGCUCCAUUGAGGAUGGAUCUAAUGUGAAAAUCCUAAUUCAGCAGGCUAGCAUAGCUGCUUAACAGUUUACCAGAAGAAGUCAAUUAAAAAAAAGAAAAAAGUAAUUUGAAGCUCUUCUUUCUUUUAUUUUUUUUUCCUAAUGAUAAAUAAGGGAAAAACUAACCUAGCCUUACAAAUAAUUUUUUACUAUGUACAGUAGAUAUUUCUUGCAACUAUUCUAUUUUGUAAAAUAUUGAAUUUGUAUUUUAUUACAGCAGCUGUCGCACCAGCCCCUUCCUUGUUCUUCAUUCUCCUUAGACUUUCUUCCUUCAGCAUCCUAUUUGCCACCCUCAGGCCUGACUCAAAAUCCAGUGAAAUGAAUGGAAGAGAUUUGGUGAAUUGGAGGGGACUGUGGAUCAGUCCUCCCUGUGCCAUUUUCAGAGGGUGUUUCACAUCAGUGAAACAAGUGCCUGACUCCAUGAGCUUGUUCUGGUGUGCGGAUUUGCUGUUCUAGGUAAUGCCCUGUCCUUCUACCCAAGUGCCUUAUUAUUUUACCUGAGGUGACAGUGACAGGAGUAAUGCUGUUGUAGUCUGCUUUGCAAGUGUUCCCAUCUUGGCAUGGGUCAGCUUCCACCAUAAAGUCUGUUUCCCUUCACAGUGAUCCUGCUGGGUUCUCUGCAUCAUUUCAGUAUCCAUUAACAACUUUUGUAUAUUUUUUUUUUAAUGGUUUAAGGCUUCACAUAAACAGUGACCACUUGUGAGUGCCACAAGGGGUGGCUGCAUUGCUCAGCCACUUGAGGUCAGCAAAGUGACAGGAGAAAGCUGGGAUUGACCCCAGCUGGUCAGCAUAAGUGGGCAAGGUCAUAGUUUAGAAAAUUCCUCAAAUGGCCCCUCAAAUGGUCUUUUUUUCCCAGAGCACCCUUGGUUUGCUGCCUUUGAGGGCAACGAAGUGGUUAAAUGUUCUGCAGAAGAGGCCCCAGGGUGUGAAGCACAACACCACUUACCAGUCUUGCAGUUUGCACUGUGCAGCCUGAGCUCCUGCCCAUUGCCAGCUAAAUGGAUCACCUCCCAUUGCAGAUACAGCUGGCUGACUUCACUGUGUGAAAACCAAAGUGGAAUUAUUUCUCAGCUCUUAAAGGAUAGAUGAUUUUGCACAACCAAAAUAGCUCCUCCUCUCUGAAGCCUACUGUGCUGGCCACCAUUAAAACUUUGCCCUUUUUUUUGGUUUAAUUUGGGCAUUCUGGUUCAAAUCUGGUUGGAAGAUAAUUAAUUAUGUUUUCAUCCUGAGCAUUUUAAACUGGCCAUGGUCUGGGUCAGGCCUCUAUACUAAUCCAUCCAAGCCAGUUUGGCCAUUCUGAUUUCUUGUAAGUAUAUUACUAUAAUCUUAAUUUGUGUACUCCUUUAAGUUAUUUUUAGGUACUCUUUUUUAGGGAAUCUUUUGACCUAGCAAACACAUUGCUUGGGGAUUUAUUGUAUUACAUGUUACUUUAUAAUAAGGAAAAGCUUUGCUUCACUUGGCUAUGUUUGUGAUCAUUUUUCUUCAGGGGCCUUAACAGCACAGGUUUCUCUGCCAGGGGCCCAGGAAUCCCUUGCCACCACCUACUCACAGGCUGUUGUGUGGCAAGGACCCACAACCUCCAGAGGGGGUUUGUGCCCAUGUUCUGUACCUAGCAGGGGACAGGAGAGGCAGGACACUGCCAGCCUCAGCGUGCAGGGGUGACCCCCCUGGGAAUGUUGAUGCACUGCAGACCACGUGGACAGGCAGCUUCUGUGCUCUGAGUUAAGGGCAGAGGAGUAGUAAGACAUGUUCAGGGAGGAUGCCAGUAAGUGCUUUUAGUCAGUUCAGCUCUAUUACUUGAGGCCUUAGCCUUCUGCCAGUGUGCUUUUUCUACUGAUCAGUGACUUGGUGCUGUGGAAUCAUAUGUGUGUGUAUGGACAGGGUAAGAAAGGCCUUGUGUGCUACAUAAUUUCCAUUUCCAGUAGAGGACUUUAGUGAUAAACUUGAAGUCCUCAGCUGUAAGGCUGUGUUGCUCAUCAGCACAAUUUUAUACACGCUAGUAAACUUACCUUUUGGCCUGUAGCUUUAGAGCAUGUUUAGAUCUGUUGGGUCUUUGCUUCUAGGGAGAUAAGCUAUGAAGGAAUAUAGGGCAUUAUCUUACAUAUACAUGUAUAUAUCAAAAGUCUGAAUCACAGGGCAUGUGACGUUUCUAACCUUGUUACUAGGCUGUAGAUGGUGUUCAGUUUUUUUCCCCCCAGGCUAUUUAUAGUUCUUAGCUGCACUUCUUUCAUUUCAUCUGUACCACUCAAUAUUUUUCAGCAGCACAGACUAAUGGAUUAGGCUGAGGUUCUUCGGCCAGAUCCCAGCUGAUACAACCAGCAUGGUUCUCACACACUGCUCUUGAAGGCUGCAGGUCUGAUUUAUACUGACAGGGGACCUCUUCCUCCACAUCUCUCUGUGUAACAGUGUAUCUUAAUGUGUUCUUGAUUCUUCUAACAUAGAACAAAAAUUCAUCUAAAAACUUAAAAACUUUUUUUUUCCCCUGCUAAAGAAACCAACCCACCUCUCCACUCCCAUCCCUCCAAGCUAUCAGUGGUGAAUUCUGUCUAGACACUUUGAGAAUGUAGGUCAAGUGAGUGAAUGAUGCUAAUUGCUAUGUUGGGAGGGAUUUCCACUGAGUAUUUGGGCUCUAGAUUCUAGCUAAUGCCAAGAGGCCAUUGUUCAAAACCCACGCAGCUCAGAACAGAGGAAUACAGAGUAUUUUUAUACUCCUGGUGACUAAAAUAUUUCUUUCUUGAGUCACUAAUUAAAAAGGGAACAUUUUGUAUUCUGAAGGUGAAAUGAUAGGUCAGUACUUUGUAGCUACUAAAGUUGUCCCAGCCUAUAUAACAGUGCAGUGCUAUGAUGUGUGGCUGCUUUGCACUAUCUAGCAUUAAGGCUUAACAACUUUGGGGGUUGCAAAGGGGAAUGAGCUGAUGUAUGUGUUAAGUAAGGUCUUACUUAAGAAAAUGUAAGGAUUUAGUCCAUCUUGUGGCUUUCUCAUGGCCAAUAAAGUGACAUUGGGCAUUCAGAGAAUUUGUUGAAGGUUGAUCCUGAUUAAUACUGCAUUGCUUAGGUGAUCAGCAUCCAUUAUAGACUCCAGGAUUGAGAGGGAAAUUGCAAUCUGGUUUUCCCAUUUUUAUUGUAUAUAUAUACAUAUACAUGUAUAUAUAUAUAUAUAUGCAAUUAUAUAUAUACCUUGCUUUACCAAGGUGUGUGUGUGUGUGUAUAUAUAUAUAUAUAUAUAUAAUAUAUAUAUAUAUGAAUGAAAUUCCUGUGUAGGAAAAAGUGCAUCAUUCAGGCAACUCGUUUGUGAUACUGCUUGGAUCUGAUGCUGAGUGGAGUUUGGAUAUUAUUAACAGUAGUCUCUUGUCUGACCUACAACCAAUCUCCAGAUUCUUCCUCCAAGAGCUGCAACUAAAGAGGUGAGAACAGAACAUGAGAUAGCUGAAUUUGUAGACCUGUCUUACAGAAAGGGUGAAAGAAGAGGCAGGUGAAGGGACUGCUUGUAUCACAGGGAAGCCUUCUAGUUUUUGAUUCCAUAAAUCAGCAGUAAUAGCCUAGAUCAGCAGUGGUAGUCUCUUUCAUGAGUUACCUGCUAGGUUUAGGUUCACUCCUAUUCCCCUUGCUCUUUAAUGCUAUGCAGUCCUGUUUAUGCAUACCUGACCUUUAUGUUAUAUCCCACUUCACCCUCUAAACAGCAGGUAAAAAUCUUUCUGAGCCUUUAGAAGUCCAUAAUGAAGGGAGUGGAAGAGAGAGAGGGAGAAGCAGAGGCAGGUACUGAAUUUUGUUAAACAGAAUUCUGCUCAUAUCUGACUUUACCAUAACAGACUUUAAUCAGUGGUGCUGAUAUAAUGGCAUCUUGCUCUCUUCAUUUGUGCAGUUAGAGAGAAUGUGUAUGUGUGUGUGUGGUGUGUGUGUGUGUGCAUCUGUACACAUGGGCAUGGUGAAUGAUCAAAAGGUAUCAAAACCACAGAGUUUUCUUCUUGUAGUAAGUGUUGCUAAAUAAAGGCAUCUACCUGAACACAUGGGGCACUUUGGGCUUUGUGCAGCAGAAAGUCCAGGCAUUUCUCUCUGAAACCUGUUCACAUUCCACAUCACUGAGCACUUGUAAAACUGUUGUGUGAAUUGCUCUGAAGACUGUCCUGUGAUUAAUUGUUGACUGAAUGUUGUUGCACUGUGUCAGUUUGUGUGUGUGCCUAGAUUGUAUGGCCUUUCUAGAGACCAGUUCUGGCUUGGUACAAAAAACUAAUUAUUUUCUAUUCUGGUGUCAUUUUUGGUCAGCAGAAUUAUGGCUUUGAAUGCUUUUUUAAUUAUUAUUUUCUUUUUAAAUGGGUGUAAAUUGCCUUAAAAGGUGGCCCCUGGGAGCACUGAUGCCCUAACCACCCCUUGGGCACAGUGAGAUGCAAUCCAGGGGAAGCAGUUUCCUCUCAGAGGGUGCUGCAACAUCCCAGUUUCCCUGAGAUUCACUAGGCCUUCCAAGGGUAAAUUACCUGGUGGUGCUCUCUUGAAGAGAAGUAUCCAUGGCCAAUUCCAUUGCCUUGGGCCGUGCAGAGCAGUCACUCUGCUGUGACACCCCUAGGGCACUUAAGCUGGUGUUUGCCUUUCCCUCUGUUCCUAUGGGCUUGUGCAAACAUUUAAAACUGUCUAAGAUGACAGGGACAGUGAUACUAGUGCAAAAGCACACCACCCCCCCUCAAAACUCCUCAGUAAACUUCAUUAGGGCCUCUUCUGACUGCAGAUAUCUAUGUUCUCUUGCCAUGUCUAUUUAAUUCUGUGUCUGUGUUCAGUGACCUUUCUAUUUUUGUACAAGUGCUGUCAUCUGGAUAUGGUCCCACCUGAUUGUUCACACUGCAAACAUGUCCAUUGGGUGGAAAGAAAUUGCUGUUUUCUCUUUUUAAAUCAUCUGCCUGAUUCUGUGAGAGAACAGACUACCUGCUUUUUUAGCCUAAAUAUGUAUGUAGUGAAGUAUGUUAUGCUUUUCAUUUCUUGCAAAUAAAUAUUUUCUGUAGAAAAAAAAA